GUGUGAAAAGAAAAUAUGGCGGCGACAUAGUGUCUGAGACUCCUGGGGACUCCAAAAAAGCUAGAAAACCCGUGAAAAUCCCAAGGAACCUAACAAAAGCAUAAAAUCCCUGAAUCUCCGAUCCCCACCAUAAAAACCGAAAAAAUUUUCCUCAACAAAAAACCCUCAAAAUUAACAAAAAAAUCUGCUCCAAAUCCACCAGCACCAACACUUCUCCCCUACCUCUCCCCAAAAUAAUUAGUAAUCUUCGAAAAAGUGUAGUGAUACUAAAAAAUGAAUUGGGAGCUAAUAUCCGAAGUGAAUGAUCAACUGACCGAGACUGAGUUGCGUUACUACAACGACAUAUACGUCUACUGUUGUGACAGUUCAGCAUCAGAGAAUGUUCCAGCUCUGACAGCAGCAGAGCUGUACCGUUCGGCAAAUCUUCCCCGGGAAGUGACCCUUAGAAUCCUCGAAAUAUGUUCAGGCCCAAAAUCGAAUAUUCAAAUGACUCGUAAGCAGUUCUACUGUUCCCUGAAAUUAGUGGCAGCUCAUCAAUCGGGUGUCGACAUAAACAGAGACUUAACCCCAGACUCUCUGAGUAUGAUAAUGUCGUUGCCUCGAUUUUCCUGGCCAACAUCGGGUGACGAGGACACAAAGGCCCAGAAAAUAACGUCGAGAUUGCCGGAGAGUACGACAGAGAGUGAGAGUGAUGCUGAGUCCCCGAGGGAGACUGGUGGUAGCACAGACUCACCAACUCCAACCAACAGUGUUACUCAAGAACGAAUUGAUGGUCUCCUGGGGUCUGAGACUAUUUUAGAUUCAGCUUCGGGCAGUUGGCAGGGCCUCCUGGUGUCGGAGGAGCAGAGGCAGCUGCUGGGAACGGAGGAGGAGAGUUCAGAGAGGCACAGCAGCGAUGAUGAUGGCACCAGUUUUCCUCCUGAGGAGGUUUGGGUGAUAAGUGAUGAACAGAGGGAUUAUUAUGCAGCUCAAUUUGGCAAGCUACAGCCUGAUCCUGAUGGUCUGCUGGCUGGAUCAGUUGCCAGGACAUUUUUUGAAAAAUCAAGACUACCAGUGGCCGAACUGAGACGUAUUUGGCAGCUUGCUGAUGUCACUCGUGAUGGAGCACUGUCAUUGGCUGAAUUUUACGUUGCAAUGCAUCUUGUUGUAUUGAGGAGAAAUCAUGUACCUCUUCCUGAUGUUUUGCCAGCGAGUCUGGCUGUUUCGUUGGGUGUCGCUGGUGGGGCGACUGUUGGAGCACCUCCACCUCCUCCACCGCCACCACCACCGCCAACACCACCAGAAACUGGGAAAGCAGAGGGAGUUUUACCUGCUGGACAGGGAGACAAGAGCAAAGAGUGGACGAAAUUUGUGGAUUCACCCACUGGUAGUGGUUCACUCACUAGUCCUGGGCCUAAACCUGUUAAUUUUGAUUUUCAAAAGAGUGCAGUUGAGAGAGAUCCCAAGAUUUUACAUCCUGUACCUUUGAGACUGACACCUGAAGCUGCUAUUCUCGCAUCUGGUGCUAAUGGCAGCAAUGGAGGAGUUAUUGGUGAUGAUGAUGUACUCAGUGUGGGAUUGGUACAGAGGGUUGGGGGAAAAAAACUUGAGGAGGGAAUUGUUGUGACACCUAAAAAGGAUCCACCACCACCGCCACCACCUAGGCCUUAUCGAACACACACGAGGAGCUCUAGUCUUGAUCUUAAUAAAUUAGGAAAAAAUGGACAAAAUUUCUUGGGAGCACCACCAUCAGUUCCACCAAGAGUUUCACCUGGAUCUAGCUCACCAAGAAAAUUAGUUGGCCAAAGAAGUGAGUGCGACAAUCACAGAACAGUCAGCGAGAGUCAAGGAUUUGUCGCUGAUUUUUCACACUUCUCACCAAAAGGUGAUGACAAUACUGGUAAUGCUGAAAGUGGUACAACAUCCCAGAGUCAACAGUUUGCUGGACACUGCGGUGCAUUUCAUAUCUAUAGGAAGCCUAGUCCAAAACGUGGAGAAGGAGAGGAUGAGAGCGGAAAAGACGACACAGACAGCAGCAAGCAACUGACUCUCGAGGAAUUACGUGAAAAAAAUGCAGAAUUGCGUUCGGUUUGUGAGGAAUUGACUCGUGAAUUAGCUAGUGCAUUACAAGAAAGAAUUAAUCUCCGUGCAAAAUUACUUCUCAUAACUUGAUCAACAUUCAUAUAUCCAUGCAUUCAUCGCAGUGCUCGUUCUCUCUCGUCCUAAUUUUAUUUUUUAAUCUCACACACUUUCCUUCCCAAAUUUUCGGUGGUAUUCUAAUAAUCAAGCAUUAUAUUUUACUUUAUUUGCAUUCAUACGAAGGAAGAACGAAGAAUUUUUACUUGGGCUUUGCCAAUUAACGUUCCAAUUGAAGACUAAUAUAUCAGAUAAAUGGAGGUAGUAAUGCCUACGAUUGUAUAUCAACUAAUGGCUGUGUUUAAUAUCUAAACAUUUUUUAGAAGAAUUUCAUUUAUUUGCAGUCCUUUUUAUUUUUUUAAAUCAUUCCACAAUUAGCUGUAAUGAAUCAUGAUAAAAUUAGUGAAUUAGUCAUUGUUAUUAUUUCAGUAGAAUUGUCGUUAAUACAGUAGUAGUACAAAAAUUUAUGUUCGAGGUAUUAUAUUUUUAAUCUGAAAAAUGUUUAGAUUUACAAACGGCCCAGUCUCAAUUUUUUGGCUCGAAAAAUUAGAAGAAAAACUUGAGCCAAAGGCCAAAAAUUGUAUUUUCGUAACUCUUAUUACCAGCGUGUAAUAUCAAUCAAAAGUAUAACUUAUUGUAUUCGUUGUACCACUGACAAAAAAAUAAUGCGAAAAUAUUGAUAUUCGCUGUUAUAGAAGAAUGGGAAUGAAUUAAUAAUUAUCGCAUUUUUUUCAACUGUUCAAAUGUGAUUGGAAUAUGUAUAUAAUUAUUAGAGAUGAAAUGAAAGAUAUUAUAGAGAAAAUAUGUUUCCAAUGGAGGAAUUGGCUUUCUGUACUGCGACAUGCAGCUGAUUAAUGACUAACGAAUAAACAGCUGUCUCUGACAAAUGACUGGAUAAAAAAAAUUGAAUUUGUUGAAUCGAAUGGAUUUUUUUCCUAUUAUAAAAAGGAGACCCGUGUACAGAUCGAUAUCGAUAUUUCUCGAAGAAAUAUCUCGAAAAUGCGUAAGCGUAAGACAGAAACCGAAGCGACAUCUGUCGAUUAUAUUAGUCGCACAUUGGGCUGGAACAAAUGAACCGGUAAAAACCAUCACAUUUGGCAACGUGUUUGAGUGUUUUUAUCCUAUUAUAAAAAGGAGAUAAUUUAUAAUCGUGAAACAUCAUGACAUCUCCACCUAUUAAAUAUACGACCAACAGAGCCAUUGAUCAUUUCAAUGUUGCAGCUACACUCAUGAAAAUCAUCGGCUACGUCGACUGCAUUGAAGGCCUGAGAGAGUUGCCAAAGUCUCCAUCUAAGUGGAUUUACAAGUGCAUUUUAAAUAACAAUGAUGGCAGAAGGGUUCGCAUACUUUGCUCGGGGGAUGAUGCUCUCAAAUACAAGGAUGAGAUCAAGAUGUAUCAGGGAACCUUGAGGGAAAAAAAAUAUCAACGAAUAAAUAACAUAAAUGCCCAGUUCAGUUUUCUAGAUAAUAAAAAUCACUGGAGGGAUUAUUAAAGCGGCCAAUCCACAGUAUCGGCGAUCAACGGACACUGUGAGCGACAAAGAAUUUCAAUUUGCACGUAGGAGCACUUUCGACAUCUUUGGCACAUUUAACAUUACGAAUGGAGCUGACAAUGGAAGGUCGAAGGUCAUCUCAUAUAAAAAAUUGAGAUGGAGAAAGUUUGUGCUGCUCGCGGGCCAGUCCAGAUCACUGGAUGGCUCAAAGAGCCAUUCAGAAGCAUUACCAUGUCCUGACUGAGGAUGUAGCCCUCAAUGAAGAUGAGUUGGAUGAUGCUGUCGAAGCACCUCCUCUCAUUCUCAAACGAGGGGCAGCUGAAUCUGCAUCUGGAGAGGCGAUGGACGUCGCGAAUAAGAAACUGAAAGCUGAAUAGCUUUAAUGACGGGCUAUUUACUCUGGAAGUUCAAUUGCAAAAUUGAAAAUUUUUUCUAUAACAAGUUCUAAACUGUUAUUUUUUCACACAAAAAUUGAGUUCUAUAACAAGUUUAACACUGUUAUUUUUUUACGCAAAAAUUGAAUUCUAUAACAAGUUUAAUACUGUUAUUUUUUUACACAAAAAUGAAACAUUGACAAGCUUGAGCUCUUUAAGAAUCUGAUUUUUUACUUUUAAAGACUGCCAACUUCAUAGCAGUAACGUUAAUACUCAUUUAGCUUUAACAACCAAAACAGAUGGAAUUAUAAUAAUCUAUUCAUGAACAUUAGUAUUUAUUCAGAAUUUAUUUCAAUAUAUGGCCCUGUUUUUGAAGAAAAAGUAUUACUAAACAUUUGUAUUUUUUAUAUAUAACAGAGAAAACUGAAGACUAAUUAAUUUUAUGAUUAAAGUAGAUAAAGCUCUCCGGAAUCACAGAUAAGUGAUACAAAGGAUGUAUUCAUGUUAAUGUUUGUUCAUAGUUCUUAACAUAUGUUGUAAUGUCAAUUAUAAUUGUUGGAACAUUAUUUUUGUUUUCAUUUCAAAAUCCGUCCCACUCCUGUAAAUGUUUAUUGAACGCAAGUGGCAUAGGUUUGGAGUUAAUGGUUUCAUUAAUAAAAAUUUAAAACGCGAUUUUUUUGCAGACAUUCAGUUUGAACCUUCCCUACGGUUGUAAGUCGCAGGUAUACACCUUAGUGCGGCAACAAUGUCUCCUGCACUACUACUCACGAAAAAAAAUUCGCAAGCAGCGAUGUUCUUGGUUAUGUGAAGGGAAUAAAUAAUCUCAAUCGCAUAAUUUGAUGUUCACAAAUAAUUAGAAAAUCUUUAAUUAUUAGAUUAGAUUAUUAUGAGACUAAGAACGCCCUCUUCCUGACUUGACUGAUUGCUGUCGCUAUUAUAGCUAAAUCUCGAAUUUGCGGAAAUGUUCUCGAUUCUGUAUACCGUAUGCUGCCUCGCACUGUAUAGUAUAUGCAAUCUUAGAGCAAUCGAAAUAUAUUAAGAUUUUCCCAAUUGUCUUUUUCCAUGAGUUUUAAUUUUAACUUCGAAGAUAGAAUAAGAGCAUUCAUUUUCUAGAGUUUUCAAUUCUUAUGAUUUGGAAAAGAUGG